CAGCAUCGUAUCCAUCAGUUACUGGCUCAAAACCGUGAGUUGGUUCAAGGCCUUAAUCAAAUGGUGCAUCGACUCAACGAUCUCGAGACUAAAGCCAGCGUAAGUCAAACGCCGACAGCUCCUUCGACCACUUUGAUAGCAGCAAGUGAUGUGCAAGCCGAACAUAUGAACAUAAAGAUACCAUCUUUAAGGCAACUUGAAAAACCCAACCUAACCGAAUUGCCGGAGGCAAAAUGUCUGACUUCAGGCAGAAGCCUUGGUGUAGCUGAAAAAACGUCGCAAUUUGCAGACCGAAGGGACAUCACAUGA